AUGAAUGUUCUAUCAUGUUCCAUCAACACACUAACACUAAAGGGGUUAUAUGAUAUAUCCGGUGUGGAAGUAGGCCAGCAUUUCUAUUGGAAAAUAGGAGGUUUCCAAGUCCAUGCCCAAGUGCUUAUUACUUCUUGGGUUGUAAUUGCUAUCUUAUUAGGUUCAGCCAUUGUAGCUGUUCGGAAUCCACAAACCAUUCCAACAGGAGGUCAGAAUUUCUUCGAAUACGUCCUUGAAUUCAUUCGAGAUGUGAGCAAAACUCAGAUUGGAGAGGAAUAUGGCCCGUGGGUCCCCUUUAUUGGAACUAUGUUUCUAUUUAUUUUUGUUUCUAAUUGGGCGGGGGCGCUUUUACCUUGGAAGAUCAUACAGUUACCUCACGGGGAGUUAGCCGCACCGACGAAUGAUAUAAAUACUACCGUUGCUUUAGCUUUACUUACGUCAAUAGCCUAUUUUUAUGCGGGCCUUAGCAAAAAAGGAUUAGGUUAUUUCAGUAAAUACAUUCAACCAACUCCAAUCCUUUUACCCAUUAACAUUUUAGAAGAUUUCACAAAACCUUUAUCACUUAGCUUUCGACUUUUCGGCAAUAUAUUAGCGGAUGAAUUAGUAGUUGUUGUUCUUGUUUCUUUAGUACCUUCAGUGGUUCCUAUACCUGUCAUGUUCCUUGGAUUAUUUACAAGUGGUAUUCAAGCUCUUAUUUUUGCAACUUUAGCUGCGGCUUAUAUAGGCGAAUCCAUGGAGGGGCAUCAUUGACUAAUUUUAUUUUCGAAAUAGUCUUUUUUAGCUUAGUGUAAGGCAAUCUAUGCCUUGUUCAAGAUAAUCUACUUCUACUUAGUGAACAUAAAUAUACACAUAAAUAGAAAUAGACAAAAAGGUCUAUAUGAUCUAAAGAAAUAGUAAAAAAAAGAUUACGAUAUUAAGGAAUUGUAAAAAAAAAAAAGGAAAGAGAUCUAAAAGAUCUUUUUCCUAGAAUUCGUUUGGAUAAUUUAUACCUUCUUCUAAUGAAUAUUCUCUUUAUAUUGUCUUGAUUAUUUUGUCCAAUUUUAGGACUCAUAAUCUGAAUAAGAAUCCUUUAUUUGUUUACAACGUGUGAUUAAAAAAAGAGGUUCUAUAGAGCGAUUUCCAUUUCAGUCGGUUUUAUUCAAUUCAACGAUUGACCAAAAGAAAACAUUAAUAAAUAAUAAAUUACAUGAACUUAGAGUAACCAAUAUAUUUCUAUGCAAUGAUUCAGACUAAUGAAUUCGUCCAUUUAGAUUGAUUGUAUCCAUGCGGGAUAAUGAUAAGGAAGAGAAGAAUUUACAAAAAAUGAGAUUCAGAAAAAAUGGAUUGUUUAGGAGGGUGGAAUCAAACUAGGUGUAUGUAAUAUAUCUAGGUGUAUGUAAUAUAUAUAUAAUUAUUAUGUAAUAUAUAAUGGCUAUGGCUAUAAGCCAACUUUCUUUUUGUGAAUGUUUCAAAAAAUGAUUUUAGAAUCCGAUUGAAUCUAAGAUACGAAUAGUUGGUUUACGUUAUGGAAAGGGACGUGUAUAUGGAAUAUUAAGUAUUAACUAGUUAUAUAUGAGUUAAAAGAUAUAUCUAAUCUGCCCGACUACUGGAGAUUUAGAUAGGGAUUCCAAUAAAAGUCCUUUCUUUUCGUUUGUAACUGUGAAUUGAAUAUUGAAUAAACAGAUUAAAUCAAGAAAAAGAACGAAGAGUUCGAAUUCAAAAAAUGAUUCGUAACAAAGAAAGAAAUGGAAAAACAAAAAAGUUGUAUGAAUUCACAAAAACUUUGUGAAUAGGAACUCAAAAAUAGAUAUCAAAGUAGUUCUGAUGAUUCAAUAAUAUUAUUGCUUCAAUUCGGAGUUCUUUGUUACUUCGACUGGAUGAAAAUCUUAUUGAUGGGAUGAAUAAUUAAGUCAUAAUUUAUUGGUUGAUUGUAUCAUUAACCAUUUCUUUAUUUUAUUUUGGUGCGAGGAACUUAUCAUGAAUCCAUUGAUUUCUGCCGCUUCCGUUAUUGCUGCUGGGUUGGCCGUUGGGCUUGCUUCUAUUGGACCUGGGGUUGGUCAAGGUACUGCCGCGGGCCAAGCUGUAGAAGGUAUCGCAAGACAACCCGAGGCGGAGGGAAAAAUACGAGGUACUUUAUUGCUUAGUCUGGCUUUUAUGGAAGCUUUAACGAUUUAUGGACUAGUUGUAGCAUUAGCACUGUUAUUUGCGAAUCCUUUUGUUUAAUCUAUAAAAAAAAAAUACGUAUUUUUUUAUUGCCUUGGACUCGCUGCUUGUUUUUUCGAAUUACGAAUUAUAUUAAGGAUUUAAUUCCUACAAUUACUUAUUUAUUUUUAUUGGGACAAUAACCCACGGGAAGGACUGAUUUGAGGAUGAAGAAUUAGUAUACUAACUCGCUUUUUUCCUUCCCCCUUCUUAGUCCAAUCGAAACCUUUUUUUUAAGGAAAUGUUGCAACAGGCAUUUUUGUUUUGCAAUUAAUACGAGACCUGUUACCGAAUUCCCGAAUUCUAAACUGAAUUUUAAUAAGAAUAAUAUUUAUUAGUAUUAGAGAUUUCAAAUUGAAAAUUGAAAAAAAAAAUGCAUUUAUAAUUCGAAUAUAAAUCGAAUAUUUUUUUUACUCUAUUUUUAAAUAGAAUAAAAAAAAAAAAAAACAAGAAAAAAACAAGAACAAUAAUAAACAAUAACAUAUAAAAUACAAUAACAUAUACACAUAUAAAAUAAAAAUAAAAUAAAUAUAAAUAAAUAAAAUAUAGAAAUAAAAUAUAUAGAAUAAGAAAAAAAAAAAAUAGAUAAUUAGUCUGUCUAUAGUCUAUAAGAAAA